GGCCCCUGGCCAGCGAUGGGGCAGAAUCCGGGCCUCGCAGAGCCGAGCUCCCCACCUCACUCGUCUGCCUGUCUUGCCGAGGGGCCGCCCGGAGGAAGGGGGAGAAGCCACUCCCUGAAUCAGCGAGUUGGCAUCUCGGACUGGGUUUGCCGAGGUGUGGUCAAGGCCCUUCCGGACCACGUGGGCAGCGCUGUGGGCGGAAGUCCUGCCAGCCACAGUCAGGGGGCAGGUGGCAUCUGCACCUGUGGCACAUCCACCGAGAGAAUCAUCAGCUGGUUCAUCCGGUCCUUCAAGUACCUGUAUGGCCUCCGCUUUGACGUCAGGGGCCGCCGGAAGCUGGAGGUGGACCACCCCUGUGUCAUCAUCUCCAACCACCAGAGCAUCCUGGACAUGAUGGGCCUCAUGGAGAUCCUCCCCCCACGCUGUGUGCAGAUUGCCAAGCGUGAGUUGCUCUUCAUGGGGCCCGUGGGCCUGGUCAUGUACCUCGGGGGCGUCUUCUUCAUCAACCGACAGUGCUCCAGCACUGCCAUGACCGUGAUGACCGAAGUGGGCGAGCGCAUGGUCGGGGAGAACCUCAAAGUGUGGAUCUACCCCGAGGGCACACGCAAUGACAACGAGGACCUGCUGCCUUUCAAGAAAGGCGCCUUCUACCUGGCGAUCCAGGCCCAGGUGCCCAUCAUCCCCGUGGUGUACUCCAGCUUGUCCUCCUUCUACAAACCCAAGACGAAGCUCUUCACCUCAGGAACUAUCAAGGUGGAGGUGCUGGAUGCCAUCCCCACCAGCGGCCUCACUGUUGCCGAUGUCCCCACACUCACUGACACCUGCUACCAAGCCAUGAGGACCACGUUCUUCCACAUAUCCAAGAUACCCCAGGAGGACAGGGCCACCCCAAAGCCUGGUGCCCAGCCAGCCCAGUAGCCAAGGCCUGGGGCGGGGCAGCACCUGGCUAGAGAAUGGCGGGGGGGACCCCUUCCCUGCCCCGGCUGCCAGAUGGCGACGUCCCACACCCGCGGCUCCCGGCUUUCAUUCCGGCCAAAGAGCGGGGAGCCCUUUCCUGCCACUGGCUUGGAUCCAGGCCGUGGAAGUCCUUGUGCAGGAGUCAGCCUGAGCCUCCCCAAGCUCGAGGGCAGGGCCUCGCCCACCCUGGGCCUCCAGCACCCAGGCGGAGCAGGCCUGAUGGCCAGGGCUGAGGCCCGGAUAGUGGCCUGCGCCGGGGGCGUGGCCUGCGCGUGGGGUCUCAGGGAGAGGUGGGCUCUGGGGCCCUGCGCACCCCUGCCUGCCCUGGGGGCCUUGGGAGCGAGUGCGCAAUGGGACUGCACUCAGUGGUUUUUUUUAUAAACGAGCUCUUAGAAGUG